AUGGCCGUUCCCGCAGACCAGCGGAAAGCCAUUCUUAAGGUCCUAAUGACCUCCUUGCUAUUGGACCUUAUAUCUUUUACUUUCAUCCUACCCUUAUUUCCGUCACUUCUAUCCUUCUAUCGCACGCAAGACCCCUCGCCAACAUCUACUCUAAACCGCAUCUUUCACUACUUAAAUGCGUACAAAAACUCUUUUGCAAAACCAAUCGAUUCUCGCUAUGAUAUUGUACUCCUUGGCGGGGCACUCGGCUCCCUAUUUUCUCUUCUCCAAGCUAUUGCUGCUCCUUUCAUCGGCCGCCUCUCCGACAAACACGGCCGGCGUACAGCUCUUCUUGCCUCCAUGGUUGGAAAUACACUAAGCGUUGCGCUCUGGGUUGCCGCGACAGAUUUUCGCACGUUUCUCGCUAGCCGUGUCGUCGGGGGUCUCAGUGAGGGAAAUGUGCAGCUAGCGCACGCAAUUGCGACUGACAUUAGUGAUCCGAGCCAGCGCGGGUCGACAAUGGCACUCGUGGGUGCUUGUUUCAGUAUCGCGUUUACGUUUGGCCCUGCCCUAGGCGCGUUCCUGGCCAGCAUCACAACCGUUGCGGCAAAUCCGUUCGCGACAGCUGCGGGGGUUUCGCUGGCGCUUAUCGUACUUGAGACAGCAUAUAUCUAUGCCUGCCUUCCCGAGACACAUCCGCGACUCACAAGCCUCCUGAAAUCCCCACCCACCUCAUCAACAGAAAAGAGCUCGAAGAAGUCAACUAAGCCCACCGCUAGCUCGCAGACACUGCGAGAACACACCAACAACCCCGCCAUUCUCAACGCCCUGCAUUUUCUUUUCCUUCUCCCCUUCUCCGGCAUGGAAUUCUCUCUCCCUUUUCUGACGGCAACCUUUUACACCAACUCUACGGCUUCGCCUGCGGCACUAAACGGCCGUCUCCUCUCAACAAUGGGCCUCAUUGCGUCUCUUCUUCAAGGCACAGUUGUCCGCCGUCUCCCACCACUCCUAACAGUGCGUAUUGGUGUUGUAAGCGCAGCAAUCUCAUUCUUUUUACUGUCCCGUGUCACCUCAAUAGCGGGCCUAUAUACUGCCGCAAGUUUAUUAGCUAUUACGAGCGCGACAGUUGUGACGGGACUGAAUAGUCUUGGCUCGUUGGAAGCGAAGGAGGAAGAGAGGGGUCUUGUUUUGGGAAGGUUAAGGAGCUGGGGCCAGGUUGGACGUGCGGCGGGACCAAUCCUGUUUUGCUCACUGUUUUGGUGGGUUGGGAGAGAGGUUGCAUAUCUCACUGGAAGUAUAGUAAUGACCGGGGUUUGUGUCGGCGUUUUCGCAGGGUUGAAAGCGCCUUCCGUCGCCCGUGACCUUGGGAUUAAGCAGGCGUAG